CGCACGCAAGGCGCGCGCGCACUCUCAGAUCGCGUCCGCCGGGCUGGGCCUGGUGCGCAGGCGCUGGGGAGAGACCGCGUGGGGCGAAGGCGGCGCUUGGCCGUUGGGGCCGGCGGCGGGAUUUUCCCGGGCGGCGAGAGCGGUAUGGUGGGGUGCGGGGGUGGGCGUCAAGGCCCUAAUUCUCUCCUUCUCUUCCUUUCUCUCCAGUAGGGGAGGCCCACUCCCCGGGGAUCUAUCUUGGGAUCCCAUGGCUUUCUUUACUGGGCCCUGGGGCCCCUUCACCUGUGUACGCAGAGCACUGAGCCAUCGCUGUUUCAGCACCACUGGGAGCCUGAGUGCGAUUCAGAAGAUGACGCGGGUGCGAGUGGUGGACAACAGUGCCCUGGGGAACAGUCCAUACCAUCGGGCUCCUCGCUGCAUUCAUGUCUAUAACAAGAAUGGAGUGGGCAAGGUGGGCGACCAGAUACUACUGGCCAUCAAGGGACAGAAGAAAAAGGCGCUCAUUGUGGGACAUUGCAUGCCUGGCCCCCGAAUGACCCCCAGAUUCGACUCCAACAACGUGGUCCUCAUUGAGGACGACGGGAACCCUGUGGGGACACGAAUUAAGACACCCAUCCCCAUCAGCCUGCGCAGGCGGGAAGGCGAGUAUUCCAAGGUGCUGGCCAUUGCUCAGAACUUUGUGUGAGUUGAGCCCAGGCCUCUGGUUGCAGGAGGGCUCGUGAAUGGAGCAGUUCUGAGAACCACACUUUUGCUAAGGGAGCUUGGGAGCCACAUGGCUGCUCCCUUCACACUGGGUAACAGUGUAAUGUCCUGUGGGAGAAUAAAUAUAUUCAUUUAUGUGUUCUUCCGGAGCUUUCUGGGAUGUGGUGGGAAAAUAAAUGACACUGAAACAGUU